UUUUAAACAGGAAUUUCACAAUCUUCAGCACUGACUAGAAAUGGCAUUGCAAAUCAGGGUCAGAGACAUGUAUGAGCCAGGUGAUGAGAGAACAAAAGCACACAGAGAGACGCAGCUGAAUCAGCAUCCAGACGUUCUCUUCAGAAUAUAUUGUGAAGACGGUCUGCAUGUUCUGCUCUUCAGACCCACAGAUGACGGCUGGUGGGUCAAUGUAAUUAAGGAUAGAUAUAGAGGAAUCUCUGCUCAGUGGACUUUCAAACAUGCUGUUAACCGGCCAAUUCGGCACGCGAUGAAUCUCUCCGGUGAUCGGGAUGAGCUGCAAAGAUUCUGUGAUGAGUUUCCAGGCAAUCUGGAGGAGUGUCGUGCCCAUGUUCAGGAAACUGAAGAUCUGAGAGCAACAAUAGAAGAACAUAGAACAACAAUAGAAGAUCUGAGAGAAACAAUAGAAGAUCUGGAAGAAAGAAUACGAGAUCUCGAUUUAGAAAACAGAAGACUGAGACAACAACAUUUAAACCAUGAGAGAACUUAUUUUCCUCAAUCAAGAAGGACAUCAAGAUCUGCAUCCGUCUAGACCAGUGGAUAUUUCAAUAUAUCGCCGCGUAUUCUAUAUUUCUCCUAUGUUUGCAUGCACAAUUUUUGUUUCAAUUUCAUUCCGAUAGUGUUUACAUGAACGCUAAACACAGAGUGAUCAAGCUUUGAUAUGCGCACAUUUUAUAAUGCCGGGACACACUUUAUAUGAUUCGUUCAACAGGAAGAACCGCUUGCUCUGCGCGUCAUACGUCAUUACGCUACUUCUGCGUCAUUGCACAUGCGCUGUCCUUUCAGUUUCGGUUUUCAAUCCGAAUAUAUAUUAAUAAUAUAAUAUUCAGUGUAUGAAGUAAUGUACUGAAUUUCUGAAUUUUACAUAUUUAAACCAUUUACAGUUAUUUUGUAGAAAAUAUUUCUUGUUUAAAAAUAUGUA